UGUCAGCUCGAGCACUUUUAACUUUUAAUUAAUCCCAAGACUUUUGGAGACGAUGGGUUGCGGUUGCUGUAAAGAGGACCCACCACACUGCAGCUACAACGGUGAGGUGUACUCUGAGACCCGAAAACAUUGCAAGCGACCUGAUCCAAAUUGUUCAAAGCAAUGGACACAGGGGAUCGGUGCUGCGAGUGGUGUUGAGGAUUGGUCUUUGAAUCCGAUCAUCGAGGCGCCAGGUUUGUUGAAUUGGAUUGUGGGGGACCCAACUGUCAUCCAAGUGGACAAAGAGAUCAUCAUGUUCACCAACGGUGCCUUGGGAGGAAUUCAACGCUACGUGGCCCAAACCACGGACCCGACAUUCUUCGAGGACCGUCCACCUGCUCUGAUAAAAUUUGGCACUGUGCGACCUUACAUUUUUCACGACCAGGCCUCCAACACUGUGACACUUUUUUACGAGCAGUACUCAGCCCCACUUCUGUUUCAAGCCUCCUACAUCGCGGCCCGUCAAGCUACAGUUGGGAAAUGGAGAUUCGGCCGUCCGAAAAAGGUUCUCUUGCCCACGUUGGAUUGGGAGAAAGAAGGUCAAUCGCGCAUUGGAAAUCCCUUUGUGUACUACAACAAAGUCAAGGGCAAAUAUUGGCUCUACUAUUCCUGCUCCUCGAUCCGCCUAGACGACUCUGCAAUCGAUGAACCCAAAUACUUUGGCUUGGCUGAAUCAGACAACCUGCUGGGACCGUACACUCGAGUCUUGCAGAAGCCUAUGGAAAUCAGGGGCGAAAUUCCUGGAUUGACGGUGAAGGGCUAUGGAUCACUGAAGAUCAUCAAGAAUCCACUGGCAGACAUCACCGAGGACGGUGGUGGUGUUGCAUUGUGCAACCGCCUGACGUUGGAUGAAUCCACUGGUGUUAGCGGAAGUACCAUCUCUUUGAUCAGAACCACUGACGAAGGCUUGUCCUGGGACACAGUGAUCCCCAAGUUUAUUGGACCAAGCUUUGUGGAAGACGAUUGGAAGAGUGCUUACGUCUAUGCCUUUGACACCCUGAUCAAUCCGUUGGAUCCCAGCACCGAGCUGAUCUACUACAACGCUAGAAACGGAUACAAGGAUGCCUUUGAGGAGGCUGGAGUCUCGAGGUUUCCAGUGGAAUUCAUCCAAAAGGCUAAAUCAGGUUGAGCCUGUGUUGCUUCCAGCAGUGAGCAGCUGAGGGAAUUCGUGCGGCCCUGUACCUGAAAUCCAUGUCGUAUAGAACAGGUGCUGCAUGCUGUCAAUGUUGUUGACAUUCUUAGAUUCU